AUGGAAGAUCAACAUUUGAUGGCUCCGGUGCGGUUUCAAGCGUUUUUCGUAUUGGCCUUCGGGGUGACACCCACCCGGUUCGAACAGGAAAUUCUUACAAAUCCUGGCAACGAAUCGCAUUGGAAGAACAUCCUCCUGGUCCGACUCAUGCUCUUGGUUUUUGGCUCGGGCACGGUGAUGGUUACAACCGUUGUACUCACAACAAGGCAAUCAGGCUCUCCCGUCGCUGACUGGAUGCAGCCAGCACCUUUUAGAGCGCUUGUUGCCGCCUUCACCUUCGCGCUCUGUGGUCUUGUGACUGCAAUGCCUACAUUCACAAUCCUGAGGAACGUCAAGGCUGCUACGAUACGGGAACUCUCCUAUAGACGCGGGUUGUUCAUGCUCUGUCUCGUUGUGAUCUCCUUACCAACAUUUUUUAUGCCAGCAGCGAUGAUAGCUUUGGGCAGUGCGGUUUUGGCAGGGCACAGGGACCCAACUACACGAUAA